AUGAGGCUCCUCUUCGUGGCACUUGCCGUGCUACUGGCAGCGAACAACAUUGCUGCCGAUGGCACCGAAUGCACCAUCGUCAACGAUUAUGGCUGCUUUGUGGACACCCUGAAGCCGCGCACGCUUCCGCAGAAGGCCGACAACGCCUACUCGUACAAGGAAUGUGCCGCAAACUGCUACGGGCUCGGAUUCACAGGCACAGCUGGUGCAGAGAAUGGCGAGGAGUGCUGGUGCUCAAACGAGAGUGGACCCGUUGGUGCCAGCGCACCCCAAUCCGAGUGUGACAAGACAUGCAGGGACGACAGCACGCAGGAGUGCGGUGGCCUCUCACGUUUGAGCCAGUUCAGCUUCCAGUGCACAUCCGGCCAGAAGUUUUACUCUUGCUCAGGCGGUCUCUGCGUUGAAGAUCCCCAGGGUCCCUGGAGUGACCCCAACUGCAACGGCGCAUGCAAGGCACCGCCAUCCCCGCCAUCACCACCCGGCCCAUCGCCGCCUGCUCCCCCUGGUCCAUCACCACCAUCGCCACCGCCACCAGGCCCACCGGGCCCAACACCGCCACCAUCCCCGCCAUCUCCGCCAUCCCCGCCAUCUCCGCCAUCCCCGCCCUCUGGCCACUCGAAGAAGAAGCUCGGCGCAGGCGACGUCAUCGUCAUCAUCUUCUUCGUCGGCAUCAUUUUCCCUUACUUCGUCCUGGGUGCCGUGUACAUGAAAUACGUCCGGAAUGCGUCUGGCGUUGAGGUUGUGCCCAACUACGAGUUCUGGGCGUCGCUGCCCGGCCUCAUCUCGGACGGGUUCCGCUUUGUCAUUGGAAAGGUCACCGGCCGCCCUCAGAGCUACCAGGCCCUGUGA